UUCCCAUAAGAAAAUAUCUGGUGCAACAAUUCAGCAUUAUGGCUGACGUGAGUGACCCCAGUGAACUCUUUGUUCUCGAACUCCACGAGGACGAGAAUCCCCGUGAUUCAGAUGAUGAUAAAAUUGAAUUGGACGAUGUUGAUCUAGAACCGGAAUUAAGCAUAAAUUUACAACAAGAAGCCGAAGGACAAGAGACUAUACAAUUGUCUGAAGAAAAUGUUAAUCCCGGUAAAAUAAAGCUUGGACCAAAAGAUUUUGAAUUGAAAAAAGUUUUGGGUAAAGGUGGCUAUGGCAAAGUAUUUCAGGUCCGCAAAACAUCUGGCCGCGAUGCUAACAAAUAUUUUGCCAUGAAAGUAUUGAAAAAAGCCUCCAUAGUCACAAAUCAAAAGGACACAGCCCAUACGCGUGCCGAACGUAACAUUCUUGAGGCUGUCAAACAUCCAUUUAUUGUCGAAUUAGUCUAUGCUUUUCAAACAGACGGCAAAUUAUAUUUGAUUCUAGAAUAUUUAAGUGGUGGCGAACUAUUUAUGCAUUUAGAACGUGAGGGUAUAUUCUUGGAAGAUACAACAUGCUUUUAUUUAAGUGAAAUCAUUAUGGCAUUGGGCCAUUUGCAUAAAUUGGGAAUUAUAUAUCGUGACUUAAAACCGGAAAAUAUUUUAUUAGAUGCCCAAGGUCACGUAAAAUUAACAGAUUUCGGUCUCUGUAAGGAACAUAUACAAGAGGGCAUUGUAACACACACAUUCUGUGGCACCAUUGAAUACAUGGCACCAGAAAUUUUGACUCGUCGAGGACAUGGUAAAGCCGUUGAUUGGUGGUCAUUGGGUGCUCUGAUGUUUGAUAUGUUAACUGGUGUUCCUCCCUUCACCGCUGAGGAUCGUAAAAAGACCAUAGAGACUAUUUUAAAAGCCAAACUAAAUUUACCAGCUUAUCUAACACCAGAAGCUAGAGAUUUAGUACGUCGCCUAAUGAAACGCCAAGAGUCACAACGUUUGGGUAGUGGCCCCGAAGAUGCAGCUGCCGUCCAAGCACAUCCCUUCUUUAAACAUGUUAAUUGGGAUGAUGUAUUUGCUAGACGUUUAGAUCCACCAAUUAAACCAUUAUUGCGCAGCGAAGAUGAUGUGUCACAAUUUGAUACCAGAUUUACAAGACAAAUACCCGUAGAUUCUCCAGAUGAAACAACUCUUAGUGAAAGUGUCAAUUUAAUUUUCCAAGGUUUUACAUAUGUAGCGCCAUCCAUAUUAGAAGAGAUGCAUAGAGCCAAUCGUAUGCCGGCCCGUUCACCUAGACGUACUCCAAGACAAACACAUGAUGGUUCCUAUCGUUUACAAUAUCCCAUGGCCGCUGCUGCCGCUCAACGGGGAAUGUAUGCCAGAGCGACACCACCACAUUUGCAGGCUUUCCCACCACGUCCAUCACCCCAAGACGAAAUGAUGGAUGUUCAAGGUUUACCAAUGUCGUAGUGCAAACAUAAAGGGAGCUGUAACUGCAAUUCCCCUGCUGCAACCAGCAACAACAAUAACAAAAGCCGCAGCAACGGCAGCCAUCAUAAUAACAUUAUCAAAGGCAAGGGUUAGGAGG